CUGCGAAUUGCUGCGCACGAGCGGGCUGCAGAACAGAAGUCUACUUCUGUCCUGACAGGGGUCCCGAACUCAGUUCUGCAGUCUCAGCCUUGGGAAAGUGAGCCCAGCACCUGAGAGCCAAGAUGCCGGCCCACUUGCUGCAGGAGAAGGUCUCUGGCUCCUACACCCCCACCACCACCGUCACCACACCCCACUCCAGGCUCCUGCAGAGUGGAGAGGGCAAGUUGGAGAAGAUGCCCCUACCGGCGGAAGAAGACAUCCGCCCUGAAAUGAAAGAUGACAUCUACGACCCCAGCUACCAGGACGAGGAGGGCCCCAGGCCCAAGCUGGAGUUCGUCUGGAGGAACAUCAUCCUCAUGGCUCUGCUGCACGUGGGAGCCCUGUACGGGAUCACCCUGGUUCCCACCUGCAAGUUCCGCACCUGGCUCUGGGGGAUAUUCUAUUAUUUCGUCAGUGCCCUGGGCAUCACAGCAGGAGCACAUCGCCUGUGGAGCCACCGGUCUUACAAAGCUCGGCUGCCCCUGCGCUUCUUCCUCAUCAUUGCCAACACCAUGGCCUUCCAGAACGAUGUGUUUGAAUGGGCCCGAGACCACCGUGCCCACCACAAGUUCUCAGAAACCAAUGCGGAUCCUCACAAUUCCCGCCGUGGCUUUUUCUUCUCGCACGUGGGCUGGCUGCUUGUGCGCAAACACCCUGCGGUCAAGCAGAAGGGCGCUCUGCUGGACUUGUCAGACCUCAAAGCCGAGAAACUAGUGAUGUUCCAGAGGCGGUACUACAAACCCGCCGUCCUGCUGAUGUGCUUCAUCCUGCCCACGCUCGUGCCCUGGUAUUUCUGGGGUGAAACUUUUCAACACAGCUUGUACGUGGCCACUUUCCUGCGUUAUGCUGUAGUGCUCAAUGCCACCUGGUUGGUGAACAGUGCUGCCCACAUGUAUGGAUAUCGCCCAUAUGACAAGAACAUUAACUCUCGAGAGAAUGUACUGGUUUCUCUGGGAGCUGUGGGUGAGGGCUUCCACAACUACCACCACUCCUUUCCCUACGACUACUCAGCCAGUGAGUAUCGCUGGCACAUCAACUUCACCACAUUCUUCAUCGACUGCAUGGCUGUCCUGGGCCUGGCUUAUGACCGGAAGAAAAUAUCCAAGGCUGCCAUCUUGGCCAGGAUUAAAAGGACUGGAGAUGGAAGCUACAAGAGUGGCUGAGUUCUGAGUUCCUCAACAUCUUUUCCAAAAGCUAGCCAGGCAGAGGUUCACUGUUCUGUUUAUUAACUACUGAAUAAUGCUCCCAGGAUGCUAAAGAUAUUGACCUUAACCCAUUCCAAUACAGUAUUCUUUUAAAAAACGCAAAAGUAUUGAAAGACAACUGCUCCAUUUUGAUGCUAAGCUGAUGUCCUCAUUUUCUCUCCUCUCCUAUUUUCAUUGUGCUUUUCUUUCCUUUAUUACUAUCACCUUCUUUUCUCCUCUCCCUCAUUGCCUCCUAGAAAACAGCUUUUCAGUCUUUGCUCAGUGUCCAUCUUCCAAAGCCUACACAACUUUUCAAGAGUCAAACUAAUAGUCUUAUCCAAGAUAAUCUUCUUUCCUUGAGUUCUUCAGUUUCAGCAUAGGUGGCUCAAGGUAGAGAUACCAGGAAACUCUUGGGAACUCCCAUGUUCACUCUAAUCAAACAUGCUUUGCUAGAUGAAACGGACAAAUAACUUUAGUGGGCACACAGCUUCUAUAGAAAGUAAACUAUCAGCGGGGAGGUUAGCUGCCGUGGCAUGACUGAUAAGUGAGGGUGGAGUCGCGGUGGGAGAUGAGCAGAGAAGAAGGUCUUGCUGUGAUGAGACACACAGCUGUCUACCUAGCCAGGACUUCGAGCCCCUCCUCACAAUACACUUCUUUUUUUUUCUCCUGUGAGUACGAGUGGCCUGGAGCCCGGCAUUGGUAGCACAAACAAGCAAAUCUCAGUGCCUCAGCAGACUCUGGGCAGAGGUUAAGGCAGCAGCAUUUAGUGCGUAGUAAAAGUGCUCACAGCUGGGAAAGGAUUUUUUAACAACAAGGAGAUUUUUUUAUUUCAUGGAACAAGAGGUCUUGAGGUUUGGUGUGUCUAGAAUUGGUGAAUAUCAUACCUCAUAGAGUUCAGAGGAUUCCCUGAGCUGCUCAUCAGAAUGAUUUUGGUUUUCUGCUCUGCUACCUUCAGGAUAUUGGUUGCUCCUCCCAUAGUAAUAAGGUGGCUGUGGCAUUUCCAAACAUCUCAAAGUGGAGGAUUUUAUGAAGUGAAUUGAAUCAAGCAUUAAAAUAUAGAGAUGUAGAUUCUUUAUUUGGUGUAUGAGAAUAUUUCCACUAGGAUAGUUCCCUCUGAACAAGGGAUAUUGAAAGAACCCUGAAGUAGAGGAGAAAGUAGGUGGGUCAUGUUUGCCUCCCUACCUGCCACACUGCCUGGCAUGGUCUACAGACAGUUCCCAAGGGAUAACUUUCAAAGGACAAGCUGUGAGACCACAUUGCUAGGAGAUCAGAAAGUUACUGAGGAAGUUACCAGGUGUCCUAAUGAAACAAGUUCAAUGUUAGGUCUAUUCAUUAGUACCAACUUCUCAUUGAAAUGAGUAAUAACCAGGAGGCUUCUCUUCACUGUGUUAUAUCUUUUGACUUAUUCUAUGCUCUGUUAACAUUUAGCUUAAAGUAUAGGAUUACCUGGGAGGGAGGCGAGAGGGAGGGAUAUAUUAACCUGCCUGAUUCUUCAUUCCUGGCUCUGCCCUGUCCCUUUUCUCCUACUGGUUCUGUCUCUUCCCUGACGUCAUCUCUAUCUCCGGCCAGGCAGCCUCCUUGUGUGUGUUCAGAGGCAGUGACAACUGCUGUCCAGGCAGCUCUUCCUGCAGACACCAUGCUCCAGGACCCCAGACAACUGUUUCUCUUCAGCAAGGACAGCUGAUCCACUUUCCUAUGCCCUUGGCCACACGGAUAGCUCCAUACAUGGCUGGCAAACCCUCCCAGAACCAUUCUUGGUUCCAAGAGGCUCUUUCUCAUGAUACAAAUGCUUCCUUUGUGCCACUGAGCCCGCCCUAGAGCCAAGGGGGUCUGUUGUCCACCUCCUGCAUCUGGGCCAGAGCAGAGAGCAUGCUGAGUGCCCUCUGCUUGCUCAGUCAGGUGGCCCCACCUGAUCAGUGCUCCUGGAUGCCACAGUAAUGCUUGUAGGAGGAGGAUACCUCAUCCUCAGUGGGAAGCACAAGAAGCAAGGCCAAGUUCCUGAGUGCCUCACUUUGUAACAGGUCCUGAAUCUGGAGCAGGCUAUGCUGCAAAGCUUUGGCUGAAAUGUGGGAGCAGAGAUGCCAUGACCUUUGUUGAAUAGACUUCCUGUGCAGCAAAUAACCAGCAUUCCCUACCACCAAGCCUAGGGCAGAAAACACAGAUCCUCAGUGUUUUCAAAUCCUUGGGCUUGCGUCCCUGUCCCUCAGUCAUCAGUGCAGAAGCCUGGCUUUGCUCUAUUACGAUUGGAAGUGUGCAGUGCCACACACUGUCCACUGUUGAGCUCCAGGGUGGGGAGGGGGAAUGUGUUUUUCUGUAAUUUAAUAGUGGCUACGAGGAUCAGCCUGCACCAAAGGUAACCUGGUCUUUUGAGGUGUACAUCUCAGUAGAAGAGAAUCCAGUGGAAGAUCACUGUCAGUUACCUCUGCUGACCUGUGUGCCUACCCCUUGGAAAUGUCUGUCAGGUAGUCUAGUUCUACAAGUCAUCAGAUGGCUGCUUUAUAAUAUACAGAGAAGAGGAACAACAUUCUCUUCUUUUCUAAGAUGUUCUGUGGGUCUGACCCCACACAAGGCUGGGUGGAGACCCAAAGCUGAGGGUCCUGGUGCAAAGCUGAUGUGCAGGUCAGUGUGUGUCUGCUGCAUAAGUAACCGUAUUUCAAGAUUCUAUAGCUCAAUUCAAGAGACAGACUAAUUGGAAUCUCAGAUGGGAUCGAGAGUGUAAAUUUUGACCUGUCCUCACUUUGUGGAUGUGCUUACAGUUUAUUUGGGUGCCUUACAUCUUUUCUAAUUCAAAUUCCCUAAGAGCCUGCCCUACUCCCUCUUUGCAGUCCCUCAGCACCUGCGAGCCUGCAGAAGUGGCAGGUAGAGAAAGGGGCCUGGCUGGAUCCGUGCAGUGAUUUGCAGGGUUCCAUCUGGGAGUCAUUUUGGAAACUUUCUUUAGGGUUGUUUUUAUUAAGUGUCCAUAUUUGAUGGAGGGUGGAAGUAUACUUUGAAUGUAUUCUUUUCUAAUUUUUUUUUGGGUUAAAAGAUGGUUGUUGCAGUUAAAAUGGAAAGUUUUUUUCUUUGGUUUGCUGGUAUUUUGAGUGAAUUCUCUGUUAAUAGAGCUCAAAUGGGUUAGUGUGUAAAGAAGAAAGUGAACUGGUAAUGUUUUACUGGUGGUUCAAGGCCAGGUCCUCUUCUACCCCUGUGCCACUGGCUUGCUCUGUGACCUUCUCUUUUAUCAGAACCCACGCUGUGAGAGUGAACAUGCCUCCUCCUCCUCCAGUAUUGAGGACUUAGCACAGCCCUCCUGAGCUAAUGACUUCUUAACAAUCCCACCUUUCAGCAUUGUUGCUAUGGUCAUACAGUUUCCAACGAGUGAAUUCUGGGAGACACACUCAAACCACAGUAUUGGAGAAGUGACUUAACUAUUUUGUGCCUCAGUUUUCCUUUCGUUAAAAUAUGGUUAAUAAUACUGACCUACCUCAAAAGGCAGUUUUGAGGCACAAGUAAUGCUUCUCAUCCAGUGUCUGGGGACCCUUCAGCAGAGGAAUUCCCAUGCUGAAUAUUUCUACAGUGGGUCUGUCCACUUUGAACUUGCUAUGUCCACGUGUUCCAGAGGCUCUCAUGAGUCUUCCUGGCUCUCUGGAGAGUAAAUGAAUCCCUUGGCUAAGUGGUGGAUAACUAGUCAAAGGAAAUGUGAGAAUGCAUCCUCAUCGCCAUACAAAUAAGUACAGAAAAACUUUCCCUUGCUUGGGUGGGAUUUUUAUCCCUCUUUAUGUGGGACAGGAAUUAUUUGUGACCUAAGAGUAAUUUUGGAAUAAUUUCUAUUAAUAUCAAGUCUGAAGCUAGUUGUACUUAUCUGAGAUUGUGUUUGUUCAUAAUAAAAUUGAAGUGAAACUGA